AUGACGACAGCCAUGCCAAUCAUGCCAGCAGCUGAGCCGCAGGCCACCUCAGCGAGCGCCACUCCAAGCGAAGCACCGGAGGAGCCAGCGGCCCUCGAGGAGUCCGAGCACCGACUCUUGGAGGAGCGCCGUUUGGCGCGCCUGGAGGAGGAGCUGUUGGCGCGGCUGGACCGCGGGAGCUUGUCGCCGGCAGAAGAGUCUCGGCUGAACGACAUCCGCCGUCAGCGAGCAGAUUUGAAGGCAUAA